AUGGCCGCCGCGCCCGGCUCGACGGGCCAGAGCGCGUUCAGCAGGGAGCUGAACGACCUCAUAGACAGGACUGGCGGCCUCCGCACCGAGGCGUCAAUACCGGCCUGGCUGCGACUGGCAGAGACACACACGUCCUGGGAAGGCCGCUUGUUGCUCGCGAGCGUGGUCGCCCGCACGCGCGCACAGGCUCUUCGACAGAGCCUGGCCCGAUUCAAGCUCAGCAACGGCACGGACGCGUUCUCAGUUCUUCGGCACUGGCUCGAGGAUGGACACAGAGUGCCAAAAGUUCUCACGAAGCUGCUCGAGCUGUACCGGGACAUUCCGAUCGACCGCGAAGCCCUGCGAUCUUCCGAGAUCGGCAAGGUGGCAAACAGGCUGAGGAAGGAGUCGGAUCGAGGUGUCGCACAGGCUGCGGACAACCUUGUGGCGGCGUGGAAGGCCGCAAUCGCUUCGAAGGAGGUCGCCGUGGAAGAGGAUCCAGGAGCAGUGAGCGACGGGUCGAAGCGGUCGCGCGACGAGGCCGUCAGCGACGGUGCGGAGGGAAAGCGCGCAAAGGUGCAAGGGGAUGCUGAAAAGUCCGCUGCGAUCGACGGACAGCCGCGACAAACACCGCAGCCGGCCGCCGGUGGACAGCGGCGAGAAACAAGCAGCGAGCAGCGGGGCGGGGUUGCUCAUCACGUCGGCGCGCCCAUCCAGACCCGCGAGCGGGAGGUGGGGGACAACAGUCGAGGCACGCCAGGGGCAGCACCGCCGCCGCCGGCGUCGAGCAAGGGGCGAUCCUGCCUCGUGCAGCGUUCCAAUGCGGACGUCGCGAGGCCCGCGAGUCCGCCGCAUGGUACGCAGGGCAAGAGCUUGCUCGGCAACAUUCUGGGCAGCAUCAAUGCAGGGGGCUUCGUGUUCGGCGCGGCCGCCCGCGGGCCAGUGCGGCGCGUUCCCCGCUCGCGCGCUCGUCGAUCGGCGGUGCGCUGGCGGGACGAGGCCUCCCCUGACGGCGACAAGGCGCUGGCAUCGACAAGGUGGUUCUUCAAGGACGACGAGCCUGCGAAGGCCAGGGAGGACGCGAUGCCUGUGGGCAGCAGCGACCCGCGAGUAGGGCAGCCAGUGCAUCACUCGGGCUUCGCCAGUGCAGCCCGCCGGGAACACCAAGAGGAGUUCAAGCUGCUCCAGCAGGUCAAGGCGGAGCACAUGGACGAGGAGCGGCGCUUCUCGCAGCGGCUUCGCGACAUGCGUCCAACGGUCCCUUUCCUGCUCCCCGUGGAGAUGCCAGUGAGCACGGAGUGGGAGUACGCAGCCGGGCAGGAGAGCGCGGAGCUCCACGCACAAACCGCUCGCUGCUCCCGCAUCCCUCGCUUCUGGCACCGGGGCUCGUCCGACGGGGGCGACGUGCUGGAUCUGCCAGAUGGUUCGGUCGACAUGCCGGACCAGCCAGCGGGCGGUGCGCGUGAAAGCCGCAGCGACGAGGCGACGCCGAGGAGGGCGCCCCCCCGCAGCUCUCAGGGCCGGGAUCCUGCCGCGGACGGGCCCGCACCGCCGAUCGUUCGUUCCGAUCACGUGCCAGAUCUACAAGCCCCCUCUGACGUAGACCUGCGCAAUAUACUCGCGAACGCCUCCGAACACAAACAUCCACCGCAGUCCCAGUAUAUGAACAUCAGCUCGUGGAGCGCGUCGGACGCACCCGAUGCGCGGACUGACGUGGCCCACCAGCGCUCAGUGACCGUCCAGGGCGGGGUGUCAGACGUCGACCUGGCGAGCAUUCUGGAAGCGGCAAAGUCGGGCAGCGGCCAAAGCAAUAACGGCCUUGAGAGGCAAGCGCGUCCAUGGGAAAGAGCCCCCUGGGAAUCGUCGAAUCCCCGUCCUGCACCAUGGGAGUGA